UGUGGCUGAAGCCAGCCUGGGGGCCAGCAAAUCUUCAGGGAUCUGGGCAUCAAGGCUCCCCACGCCCCACCUGCAGAAAGCCGAGUUUCGCCAAGGCAGAGAGCGUGCCAGGAGAGGAACCCCCGGCUCCACCUCCUCCUCCCCCAGCCUGCAGAGAGGGCAGGCUCCGGCAGCUGUGCAGAGGGGGGGCGUCUGUGCCUCCAUGACUGCACAGCCUGCCUGGAGUUUGUGUCUCAGCUGAUGAGAAGCUGGAGCAGCAGGAAGGGAAGCGAAGCAGCCUGGCCCAGCCCAGGCUUGGGAGGGCAGAGAAAGGCACCGUGGGAAGAUAAUGAGAGACCCCCACGGCUGGUACUGCCUACCAGGGAAAGUUACGGACCGACUCAGAGCACCCGUUGCUGACUGAGACCUCCUGGGGCUCCGGAUUACAGCAACCCAAGGGACUAGGGAGGGGGCCCCCAGCUGGACAGAGUCAGACACAGCCAUGGCUAUAUCAUGAACUGUUACACGUGGGCUUUGGUUGCUGUUAUUAAAAGGAAAGAGGAAUCACCCUGCCCACUUUGUGACUGCACCGCUGCAGACUGCGCCUUGCCAGAAGCCAGCGCACAAAGAGCCUGGGCUCCGGAAUACGAGACUGGUGCAAGUAACCAACGUGCGGAGGAUUUCGCACACUGGUUUGGAAUACGCUGUGUGGCCUGGCAAGCAAAGGACUGGGAGCCAGCAAUUUCUAACCCGUAACCCCAGCUGUGUCACCAAAGCACUCCGAGGCCUUGCACACUGGCUACGUAUGGACAUGUGACCUACCUCACAGGGUUGUCAUGAGGACUAGCGCACAUUUGUGAAGGGUGCUGAUGAAAAGCACUAGGUAAGUGCUGAGAAUCUUUAGAGGAGGAAGAAAAGCUUUAAAAAAAACUGCCAUUCCAGCCUGCAUAGGUUUGGUUAUUGCAGCAACUUCAGUUCACACAGUUUUGGACCCUCCAAGUUUUGGUUUCAUUCAAAUCCAAAACUCGAGACACAACUACGUGACUUUUGCUCAGCUUUGCUGCAUCACCUAUGGGCAAGAGAUGGAUGGCACUGAACAGGGACUCGGCUACUAAGGAGACAACUGUCACAUAAGAGAAAGACUGAAUCGCUCCCUCUCUCUAUUGGAGGAAUAAAGGGAGAAGAGAAGGUCCCGGAGUGAACUGGACGAAUUUGAUGGAUGUGUUUCUUUGAGGCAUUCUGAGGAUUAAGAGGUUUCACACUUGGGGUGCAGGGGUUUUAGAGCAUUGGUCGCACUUUGCAUUUCUUUGUGUACUGAACUUCUCGAGAGGGGAUGAAGCAGGAAGAGGAGGAGGUGGUCGUGAGGAUAGAGGAGGAAGAGGUUGGUAACACAGGAGCGCGGAGAGGUGCAGUGCCUGCCCACACACACCAUGGCAGGGGAGUGAGAUUUUCUGAGGUGUGGGAGUACUUCCACAUUGCCCCGCCCCGGACUGGUCACCACCCCAGCCAAUAUGCUGCCUGCAGGCUCUGUGGCCGACAGGUCAGCCGUGGUCCAGGGCUGAACGUUGGGACCACCGCUCUGUGGAAACACCUGAGGAGCAUGCACAGAGAGGAGCUGGAGAAGAGUGGGCACAGGCAGGUCAACCAAUGCCCAGCGGCGCACUUGCCUGUGGUACAGCACCAGCCAGUCGCAGAGGGGGAAUGGGCUCACCUCAUGGAGCAGAUGGGGGCGCUGGCUCUGCGUGCCAGCCAGCGGGAGAGGGAAGUGGAGAAGAGGGAGAAGGCCGUGGAACGCAGGGCAAGGGCCGUGGAGCGGCGCGAGAGGGCCGUGGAGCGGCGCGAGAGGGCCGUGGAAGAGGGGGAGAGGUCUCUGACAGAGAGGAUGCUGAAGAUGAAGGCUGAGGAGGUUCAGGUGCGGCUGAAAGGCCCAUGCGAGAGGGAAAGUGCCCUGGCCUCAGUUGCUGCUCUCCCCAGGCAUUUUGUGUAGGAAUACUUGGGCUUUAGGCCCAUGUUGUGAGACUCAGAGCAACACCCAGGCAGGUGACCGAAGCAACAUUUUAAGACCUGGUGUGAACUGUCUGGACUGUGUUCUAGGCCUCUGACCUGCGAAACAGAACCACCAAUCUCCCUGCUUCCCUUCAGCCUCUGAUGGCCUCCUUCUGAAACAAACGGCACGGAUCUUGCAUGUUCAAAGCUGGGACAAACGAUUAUAUGGCUCCUGGUUUCUGACACUGGGGAAUACAGAGCUCCACCAGGCACAAGCAGUCUCAACAAGACCCCCGCACAAGCAAUGCUGUGGGUAGACUCAGCCAGUCAUGGCCCUAGCAGGCCGACGAUGUGGUCAGUCAAACCUUUGGUUAGGAGACCAGUUCGAAACCAAACCGAAGUCUCCAAAGACAUCUGCCUAUGCAGAGGGCACAGAGGAUCUAAUGACCCAGAAAAGAUUCCAGCGAAACUCUGCUAGUUUCCAUUACUAGGCUCAAAACUAACCUAGCCAAGUUUCGCACAGUUUCAGGCUACGCAAUAAAGUCCUCAGGCCACUUUUACGGAUACGGACUUGGACCACAAAAAUAGGUCUUCAUCUUGUUUUCUUCGGCACGCCUGUCAAAGGAUGCAGUUGUAACAGAGGUUAAGGGAAUCCCAUUGGAUGGACUGUGCAAAUAAAGGGUACAGUAAGUACUGAAAAUGAGAGUUUGUGAAAAGACUCUCCAAACACAUGCAGGUACCAUUCAGAUGGACAUGCAAGACUGUUUGGCUAGUCUCAAACAGGGACUUUGGCUUUGUCUACAUGGGAAAGUUAUAGCAAUUCAGCUAAAUUGAUACGGCAUCCUUAAACCAAAAUAAGCAUCUUCCCAAGGGGCUGCACAGAUUUCACUAAACCAGUUCUCGUGCAGACAAGGCCUUUGGCCAGGGGUAGUCAAUAGGUGGACCGUGGGCCAAAUCCCGACCACCAGAUGCUUUUCAGCAGACUGCACAGGCUGAACCUGAGCCGGCGCUGCAGCCGUGCGGAGCCGCGUCCACUCCCUAGCGCAGGGUCCCCAAGCUGGUGGGCACUGUGUUCCCCUGGGCGGUUGCUUGUGCAGCCUCAGCCCCACCGGCAGCAGUGCAGGGAUGGGGCAGGGGGGGUGAGUGGCAACGUUUAGGAGGGGAUGUCUGCACACACACACCCCGCCCCCACAGGCAGUCCAAUGUGUCUCCACUCUGCCGUGCCGCUCCAAUCAGGAAGCGAUGGGAGUGCAACGUGCUCAUUCUGCAGCCCAGAGGGCAGCACUGUCCGGGCCCUAAUUCAAAUUCUUCUCUGCGUUUCCUGGAGACGGUGGGGUUGGCUGGGCCAUGGAGUUGCAACUUGUGGGCCUCGGGCCCUACCUGGAAACCCAGCUGGUAAGUGCCUGAAGGGAUCCUGCAGCAUCCGCUUGUGCCGGGGCACCAAGCGCAACACACACACAACACCCACACCCAGGUUUUUCCCCAGAGCCCCCCACCCUGGCUUUG